UUGAACUCGUUAAUUUUGUUUAUUUUUCAGCAUAUUUGGUGAUAAUUGAAAAAAGAUGAACUCUUUAUUGGCUCUUUUAUUUUGGAGUAAUGUGGCAAUCAUAAUGGCUACCAGUGUCAAUCUAGGAGACGGCGAACCACCGAGGAUAGUGCCACCGGAGAUCGAAGAUGAGCGACCAAAGGACGAUCAGCUUCUUCCAAACCGAGAAUACGUCAAAGAGUGCAAGGAAGUAUUGAAGAACGAAUUGAAUCUCACUUACCUGGAGUGUAAAGACCAUAAAAUGCUCUGGUUACCGUAUUAUAAUUCGUGUAGCUGUCUUGUUGAUUGCUACUACCACAAGCUUGGCGUGCUUUUCCAGAAGAAUAAUUCAGCGAUGGUGGAGUAUGCGUUAGUAAGCUCGCCAAAUUUCGAUUAUUACAAGAAAAACAUAUCAGAUCCCUAUACAUUCAAAUUGUAUCAAUCAAUCAAUCUCUGCAGACUAAUUCUCGAAAGUCAAAGGUACGAGAGAUGUCAUUUCAUGUAUCAUUACAGACGUUGUAUUAUAAAACGUAUGGAGGCGGAGGAUUAUGAGGCCAUGUUCGGUAAUUUUUAAUUUUAAAUCAUUGUUAUCUCAUAGAUAAGGUUAGAAUGUGUGUUUUAAGUAACUUGUGAAUAGGUUUGUAUUUAUAACUGUUACCUACAUGUAAGUAGGUGUAAAAUAGUGGGUAAAAUGUUAUUCUGUUUUUGUUAAAUAAAUCCAUGUUUCUAUGCAAUAAAAAUUUUAAUAAUAUGCGA